AUGUUCCCAAAUUCGCUUCACAAUUUCAAUUACUUGCGAUAUGCAAAAGCGGAUGAAUUAAGAAACGAAGAAAGAAAUAUACCGAAGGUAAGUAUCAAAAACUUAUGCGUCACACUGGAUAAGCGAACUUUUUUCGAGAAGUAUCUGUCGAAAAUUUCCUGUACAUCAAACUUUCUACAUGAUAUCUCAUUUACCUUGGAGGGUGGCAACACGCUUGCAAUUUUAUAUACAAAAGAGUCAGAAAUGCGUGUUCUACUGGAAGUAAUGUCAAAUACUAUGUCACACAAAUAUUCAAUUAGUGGAGUAUUGGAAAAUAAUGGACAUAAAAUAAGUAUCGAUAAGUUUGGUGAUCGUGUCGCAUAUGUUAAUACUGACAAUAUCUAUCCUUGGCUUACAGUAGCACAAACAAUACGUCUACGAAGUUUAUUUGUCGCGUCGAAUGCAAAUACUUUUAAAAACGUCAAUGCGAUCGAGCAACUCAUUCAAACAUUAGCUCUUUCACCAAUUCGCAAUUUCUUGUGCAGCGAACUUUCAAUGGUAGAACGGCAACGUUUGAAAAUUGCGGUGCAAAUUUUGAAGGAUACUGAUAUACUGCUAUCGGAUAAUAUCCUAAAAGACAUGGAUUUGUAUGAUAUGGCAUUUGUCAUCGACUAUUUGCGCGACUGGGCCAUAAAGUUGAAUCGAAUUGUUGUUAUGGCCAUGCAACCACCAACAAUUGAAAUUUUAACUAUGUUUCAUAAAGUAUUAUUGAUAGCAUCUGGAAGAGUUAUCUAUUUUGGAUCAUCAAGCCAGAUGAUAUCUUAUUUUGAAGAAAUUGGCUAUCCAUGUCCAUCGUUUAAAAAUCCAUGCGAUUAUUAUGUAGACUUAGUGACACAUGACUAUUUAACCUCUCAGUCAUCUUUUGAAUCAAGAAAACGGAUCAGACGAUUAGCAGAGAUUUGGAAGGAAAAGGCAGUUAAUGAUGAAUACGAAACGCAGGUGAUAACCGAUGAAUUAUCGCCAACGGUCCAUCAAAUUAACUAUUGCCGAUCUGCGCUUCUUAUUUAUAGACGUUUUUUCGAAAUAUUUUUAAGUAGGCCAUGGAUGUAUGCGAAGGAAGCAAUUUAUGCAUUUCUCAUAUCGCUUUUUGUGGGUUUCCUAUUUUUCGAAAUACCAAAUGAUCGAUAUGCUGCAAUUAAUGCUCGUUUUGGAUUUAUCAUUUCCAUACUGGCAAUUUUUUUACUUCCUAUUCUUUUCAUUCAUAUCGAAAGAGUAUUUGAUGAACGUUUAUAUUUGUUUGAUGAUAUUCGCAAUCGGUUGUAUGAUCCAACUUUCUACAUUGUCGUUAAGAUUAUUUGUGAUUUACCUAUGGCAGUGCUGUGUAACACGUUAUAUGCCUUACCAGCCUAUAUAUUAAGUGGACUUCCACCUGAUGGUACUUUUUAUUGGCCAUCUUUACUCCUAUUCACUGUGAUUCUUUGCACUCAUGCAAUUCUUUGGAGAUAUAUCACAUGGAUUGUAGCAUAUAGUUGCUGCACACGUCUCUCUGCAAUCGUUAUAAUUGUAACUCUAUUAAGUAAUGCGAUAAUGCUUUCCGGUUUUCUGAUUCAUCCUAAUAGUUUUCCUGCAAUGAUCAAAUUACUAUAUUACUAUAAUCCAACAAAAUUAGCUGGUGGAUUGUUGGCUGAAAACGAAUUUCUUCGUCGGACCGCACUCACUAAUUGGGUAUCUAUUUACACUCUUUCACAAUGUUCCAGAAUUCGUGGAUCACAAGCUCUAUACUUCUCAGGUUUAUCAUCAGCUACAUUUGCAUCAUCCGAUGAACAAUUAAAUGAAGCUAUCCAUAUUUAUACCAUUUGGUUUCUUACUGUCUUCACAACACUUUUAUUUGUCGUGCGUUGUAAUCAUAAUAAAUCAUAA